AUGGCGAAGCACUUCGGUUCGGACACAGACGUCAGCUCAAUUAAAUGGCAAUUUCGCGGCAUCAGAGCUGGUGCUAAGAUCCAAAAAGAUGCAGUGCUCAACGGAAAAGAUCCCAAGGACUUUGACGUAGCUCUGAAUCCUGAUCCUAGAAAACGCGGCAAUAAGGGCGAGUGUUCUUUGAAAGCGAUAUUGUUUCGUUAA